AUGGCCUCCAAGGCUCCGAGUCCCUGUUUUCCUUUCCUUUCCUUUCCUUUCAAACUCGUGAUUGCACUAGAAAUCAAUAAAUUUGUAAUCAUUCUAUUUCUCGUCAUCCAAACAAGCUCGCUAGGGUCUCUAUUUAGGGUUCACUCUCUGAUCAACUGAACUGUUCUAUUCAUGUCACAAUCUUCAAUAUAAAAUGAUUUUCUCAGUAAUCGGUCGAUCUCUUUCUCGUUCUUCUCGUUCCGCCUUCCAAAGAAUAAAUGCAAAAAAUGUAAAUGCCAAUAAUUGUAAUGUAUGGACUGCGGAAUCAAUUUUGCCACGGGUGCUGCCGGAGAAAGCUUGCAUUUCACGCGUGGAUAGCGGAUUAGGGAUUAUUAGAGGGUAUUUAACUUCUGCUGGAGGUGUGAGGCAGCUUCUGUCGAAAACAAACUUGUCUAAUUCGAAUUCUCUUCUUGCAAACCCUAGGGCUCGUCUAUUCUUCUCCACUCAAGCUCCAAAGAAGAACAAAUUUGAGAAUUACUACCCGAAGCAUAAAAAGCAAAAUCCUAAAGAAAAUGAGAGCAAAUCUGAAUAUAAAGAGGAGUUGGGUGGUGGUGGUGGAAAUUCCCAGAACUUUAACCAGUUUCAAAAUUUCAUUGCUCCUAUAUUGUUUAUUGCCUUUUUGUAUUCAUCAGUUCUUGUUGGUCCUCAUGACCAGAAGCAGAUUAGCUUCCAAGAGUUCAAAACCAAGCUACUUGAACCUGGCUUGGUGGAUCACAUUGUUGUUUCUAAUAAAUCAGUUGCUAAAGUGUAUGCAUGGAGCUCCCCAAAGAAUGGAAACCAAACCAGUGAUGAUGUUGUUCAGGUUCCUGCCAAUGGUAAUCCUCCUAGAAGGAACACCAGCCACUACAAAUAUUACUUUAACAUUGGGAGUAUUGAGUCUUUUGAGGAGAAGCUGGAGGAGGCACAGGUGGCACUAGGAAUAGAUCCCCAUGAUUAUGUUCCUGUAACUUAUGUGAAUGAGGUGAACUGGUAUCAAGAGUUAAUGAGGUUUGCUCCAACGGCCUUGCUUUUAGGGACACUCUGGUUCAUGGGGCGAGGAAUGCAGAGUGGUCUUGGUGUUGGUGGUUCUGGUGGACGAGGGGGCCGUGGAAUAUUUAACAUGGGAAAGGCUCAUUUCACGAAAAUGGAUAAGAAUGCCAAAGAUAAGGUAUUCUUUAAAGAUGUAGCUGGGUGUGAUGAGGCAAAGCAAGAAAUUAUGGAGUUUGUGCACUUCCUGAAGAAUCCAAAGAAAUAUGAGGAGUUGGGAGCUAAAAUUCCGAAAGGUGCGCUUCUUGUAGGCCCUCCUGGCACAGGCAAGACACUUCUUGCUAAGGCAACCGCUGGUGAAUCUGGUGUGCCCUUUCUAUCUAUAGCUGGGUCAGAUUUUAUGGAAAUGUUUGUUGGAGUUGGGCCAUCCAGGGUUAGAAGUUUAUUUCAGGAGGCAAGGCAAUGUGCGCCCAGUAUUGUAUUCAUUGAUGAAAUAGAUGCAAUUGGUCGAGCAAGGGGGCGUGGAGGCUUUUCGGGUGGUAAUGAUGAGCGUGAAAGUACUCUUAAUCAGUUGCUAGUAGAAAUGGAUGGAUUUGGGACCACCUCAGGUGUAGUUGUACUUGCUGGAACAAAUAGGCCUGAUAUCUUAGACAAAGCUCUAUUGAGACCUGGUCGAUUUGAUCGUCAAAUUACAAUUGAUAAACCUGACAUCAAAGGCCGUAACCAGAUAUUCCAGAUAUAUCUGAAAAAGCUAAAACUUGAUAAUGAUCCAUCUUAUUAUUCUCAGAGACUUGCUGCUCUUACUCCUGGAUUUACUGGGGCUGACAUUGCAAAUGUUUGCAAUGAAGCUGCUUUAAUUGCUGCAAGGAAUGAGAGUGCACAAGUGACAAUGGAGCACUUUGAGGCAGCAAUAGACAGGGUAAUUGGUGGCUUGGAAAAGAAGAACAAGGUUAUUAGCAAGCUUGAAAGGAAGACAGUUGCUUACCAUGAAUCUGGUCAUGCUGUUGCUGGUUGGUUCUUGGAACAUGCAGAGCCCUUGCUUAAGGUAACAAUUGUUCCACGUGGUACUGCUGCACUAGGAUUUGCUCAGUAUGUUCCCAAUGAAAAUCUUUUGAUGACCAAAGAGCAGCUAUUUGAUAUGACCUGCAUGACACUUGGUGGUCGAGCUGCUGAGCAGGUUUUGCUAGGGAAGAUUUCAACCGGCGCACAGAAUGACUUGGAGAAAGUAACAAAAAUGACUUAUGCCCAGGUAGCAGUUUAUGGUUUCAGCAACAAAGUGGGUCUUUUAUCCUUUCCCCAGAGGGAUGAUAUGUUUGAGAUGGCUAAGCCCUAUAGUAGCAAGACAGGUGCAAUUAUAGAUAAUGAAGUAAGAGAAUGGGUGGCCAUAGCAUAUGAACGCACUGUUCAGUUGAUAGAGGAACACAAGGAGCAAGUGGCUCAGAUUGCAGAGCUGUUGCUUGAGAAGGAGGUCCUUCAUCAAGAUGACUUGGUUAGGGUCCUGGGCGAACGUCCAUUCAAGUCAAGUGAGCCCACAAAUUAUGAUAGAUUCAAGGAAGGAUUUCAAGAAGAUGACAAGGAGUCCAAAGAAACAACGAAGGGUGGAACCUUGGAGGAUGAUGGAUCAUCAAACUUGGAACCGCCGGUUGUUCCAGCUUAGCAGGUGGAAAAUUUUAGGGCUGUGUAAAUGGGUUUUUGUUAAGUUAAUUUGCAAGUUUCACCGUACAGAACUAAAGGAAACUGUAAAAUUCAACGGACGUGCAAAUAUCAUCUUCAAAAACUUGGCAUUUCUUGACCUUUAUGCUGAAUUGAUAUGUAAUGAUAUCAUAUCAGAAGCUUUUCGACACUGCACACACAGCUAAUUAUGAAUUGGCUUAUCGGUUUCAACAGAGUUUGGUCGGUUUGUUUUAUAAGAGGAUGAGGAUGCAUCUUCUUCCCUCGUC